CUCUCGGACCGGCGUGGUCGUGACUGUGCGGUAUUGUAGUGCAGGAUUAAGCUUUUCGAAAUGGGAAGUGAGGAUGAAAGCUCGAUCGAGGCGGCGGCGGCAGCCCGUAGGGAGCGGCUCAGGGCCCUCAGAGCUGCCCAAGAGCUUCUCGAAACCCCCGACGAUGAUAAGGAAGCUAGCCAAGACCAAGAAGAAAAUGAUGAGAAUUUCCAAAUGAAAUUCCGAAAUUAUCUGCCUCAAGACAAGCACCUUCAAGAGGGUAAACUUGCCCCUCCGGUAUUACCCAAGUUCGAUGACCCUAUGGCAAACCUAACUCCACCUGAAGACAAAAAGGAGAAAAGUGAGGAUCCCUUCUUGAAUAUUGUCCCGAAAAAACCGAAUUGGGACCUGAGGAGAGACGUACAGAAGAAGCUUGACAAGCUUGAGAAGCGCACACUCAAGGCUUUGCAUCAACUAGGGGAGGAGGAAGAGAAGAGAAGAUUGGCUGAAGAACAGGGCACAAAUUCUUGAGAUUAAACUGAAGCUAACCAGGAUGGUUUCCUUGAGGUGCGCAUAAGGUUCUUCUGAUUUUUUAGUAUUAAUGUGUCCCAAAUCUUUGAAAGUGCUCAUCGUGAAAGUUGUAGAGGACUAAUUUAGCUUUCCAUUGAUACUCUUUUUUUUUGAGAUCAGCUUUUCAUUGAUACUUUAAUCACCUCAAUUAGACUUUGUAUGACUGAAUUAUGGCCAAAAUACUUUUAACGCAUCGCAAAUUGUCA